GUGCGUUUCCGGUUCAAAGUGCAACGUGCUACGAUCUGCCUGCCGUAUCACCAGUUUAACCGUGAAUCAUUGACAGGAUCAGGAGGACAUUCGCUUAAGAAUAAAAGAUAAUGGCUGAGAAGAUUGAUACCCCUGUCAUCCUGGAUCAUAAUUUAUGGGGAACCUUAACACAUCAUUGUGCAUCUGACCUGGAUCAUCAUGGUGUGGCUGAUGGGCCAGACAGAAUAUACAUGGACUACAACGCCACCACACCAGUCGAUCCAGAGGUGAUCAAGGUUAUUACUGAUGCUUUAACUGAUGCAUGGGGAAAUCCCAGCAGUAAUUACCUACCAGGUCUGAAUGCCAGAGACAUCAUUUACCAUUCCAGAGACACCAUUGCAAGGAUGGUUGGUGGAAAAGCAGCAGACAUUAUUUUUACUUCAGGAGGAACUGAGGCCAAUAAUCUGGUAUUUCACACAGCUGUGGAGCACUUCAGGAAGAGCAAGACUUCUGCAGAGGGAGGCAUGAACAGCCAGCAGCUGAAUGGAAGAGGCUCCUUACCGCAUAUUAUCAUCUCUAAUGUCGAGCAUGACUCUAUCAAACUCACAGCUAAACACUUGCUAAAAGAGGGCAAAGCAGAUGUCACAUUUGUGCCCGUUUCCAAGGUGACGGCUCGGGUAGAGGUUGAGGAUGUCAUCGCAGCGAUUCGUCCCACCACUUGCUUAGUGUCGAUCAUGCUGGCCAAUAAUGAGACAGGCAUUAUUAUGCCAAUUAAGGAUAUUUGUCAGAGGGUGAAGGAUGUAAACAAACAGAGGGCUACAUCAGCUCCCAGAAUCCUUCUGCACACUGAUGCAGCCCAGGGUAUCGGAAAGAUACGAGUGGAUGCACACGAGCUGGGAGUGGACUACAUUACCAUUGUAGGACACAAGUUUUAUGGCCCUCGAAUCGGUGCUUUGUUCGCGAAUGGUCCUGGAACCACAACCCCUAUUUCCCCUCUGCUUUUUGGAGGAGGACAAGAGCGCAACUUCAGGCCAGGAACUGAGAACACAGCAAUGAUAGCAGGCCUGGGAAAGGCUGCCGAAUUGGUAAGCUUAAAUCUAGCAGAGUAUGAAGCCCAUUUCCUGGAUAUCCGAUGUUAUCUAGAGGAAAAGCUGCUUGCUGUCUUUGGAAAAGAUAAGAUUCACUUUAACAGCCAUUUUUCUGGAUCAAGCAUUUUGCCCAACACAUGCAAUGUUUCCAUUCUGGGAAGAGGACUUCAAGGGCGUAGAGUGCUGUCCACCUGUAGGAGGUUGUUGGCCAGUGUGGGUGCUGCCUGCCACUCAGACAGAGGAGACCAACCUUCCCAUAUUCUUCUAAGCUGUGGGAUUCCGUAUGAUGUGGCAACCAACGCUGUGAGGAUUAGUGUGGGUAGAAGUACCUCCCGUGAAGAUGUGGACAUUGUCGUGGAGGAUCUGAGAGACACUGUAGAGCAACUGGAGCGAAUGAACUAGUACCAUUUGUUCUCUGAGGUGUGGAUGUUGCACAAUGCUUUAUUUAGUCUAUAGCUAUGUGACUUUGCACUAAUUCGAUAGUGUCAUGAGUAAAGGAUUCAGGUUUCAGGGUCAUCUUCAGGUUGGGUCAUCCACUUUAUGGAUCUACAAACUAUUUAUUUAACAAAAUAUUAUAUUUGAUCUAAAUCUUAUUUGGUUAAAACAUUUGAUAUAUGGAACUGCAGGGAAUUUACUGUAGCUGAGAAAUAGUUUUUAAACUUUAUUUUUAGUUUUUAAAAGCUUGUAUAUAGGGGUGUGCUAUAUGAAUCUUCUACGAUAAUAUAUUGUAAUUAUUUUAGCAAUUUUAGUAUGUCACUCACUUAGCAUAAACCAAACAAAAGCACAACUUGAGUCCACACUAUUCACUGAGUUAGAAUGUCCCCAAUGUUCAAAAUAUGGGGGCAAAAAAUGUCCCUGAAUGAGUUGUUUUUAUAUCAUAUCCUGUAUUUAUAUCAUCAGAUAUAGUUAAGCAACAAUUUUUGUAAUUGUAAUUUUUGCCAACGAGUAGUUCCAAACCAUCUUAAGUAUUUAGGGGUCAGUCUAAUAUUAUAUUUAACACACUGUGAUGUUUUUCUUUUUUAUGGUUUCAUAUUUGAAUGAUGUGUAAAAAGAUAAAUGUAUAAAAAUAGUUCUAAUUAUGUUGUAGAUGUCCAUACCCUAUUUUUCAGGGAGAAACAAAGACCUGUUCAUUGUAACUUGGCGGCUGCACUUAGUUACUUUGGAAUGUGACGGAGCGUGCACGUUCAGAAUGAGACGAGAUAUCUGUUACCAGUGCAACAAAGCUGCAACAGUAUUAUUAAAUGAGCUAAACGGACUCUCUUUAAACGUCUCAGUGCUGAUGUGAUCUCACCUGACACUGAAUCAUUAAAGUUCAUAUGCUCUA